CUCUCCCCCCUUUAUAUAUACAUAUAUAUAGCCUCCAUUCUCUGACCCAUACCCACAAGUUUUUGUCGGGUCGGGUCGUGAGGAACACCCACGAAGCUAUUUAACUCGAAGAGCACCGCACAUAUUCUCGUCGAGAAAGACCCAGAAAAAUCCUUUUGCAGUUAAAGAAUCUAGGUAUUGUGUUUGUGGUUGGGUGAGAAGAGUUUGCUUUGUAGUCAGUGGAUACAAGCUUUGGGUGUUUGGCUUCGGGGAAUAUGAGCUAUCAAGCUCGAAAUGAUCGAAGGGAUAGGACUAGAUUUCCUGCCCAAGGCGCUCGCCAUCAGUGGGUUCCGAGAGGAUCCACUGCCACCACCGAAGUGAACCUGAACCUGAACCCGAACCCCAAUCCAACCCAAAACCCAAACCCACAAUUGAGCUUCAAUGCAAACCGCGGGACUGUUGAGGACUCAAAUUAUGGUUCUGCUCCGCCUGAGAGUCGGCCUAGAAGGAAUAAUGGUCCGAGGGCUUACGUGAGUCGAUCUGUGAAUCAGAAGAGGGAUGGGGAGACAGAGAAAGAGAAGGAGAAGGAGAGGGAAAGGGAGAAUCAGGAGGAAAAGGGAUUGAAGGACUCCAAGGUACCUCAGCUUGUGCAAGAAAUUCAGGAGAAGCUGAUUAAGAGCACCGUUGAAUGCAUGAUUUGUUAUGAUAUGGUGCGGAGGUCAGCACCCAUAUGGUCUUGCUCGAGCUGCUACUCUAUUUUUCAUCUGACUUGUAUCAAGAAAUGGGCUAGGGCGCCUACUUCUGUUGACUUGUUGGCGGAGAAGAGUCAGGGAUUUAAUUGGAGGUGUCCUGGAUGUCAGUCGGUGCAGCUUACGUUGUUGAAGGAGAUUCGGUAUGUUUGCUUUUGUGGGAAGAGGCCAGACCCACCUUCUGAUCUGUAUUUGACUCCUCAUUCAUGUGGAGAACCUUGUGGGAAGCCACUUGAAAGGGAGGUUUUGUGUCCUGGAGAGAGUGGGGAGGAUCUUUGCCCACAUGUUUGUGUUUUGCAAUGCCACCCAGGUCCAUGCCCUCCUUGUAAGGCAUUUGCCCCGCCACAUUUGUGCCCGUGUGGGAAGAAAACAAUUACAACACGGUGCUCUGAUCGGAAGUCUCUUCUUACUUGUGGUCAGCGCUGUGACAAGCUUCUUGAUUGCAUGCGUCACAGGUGUGAACGAACCUGCCAUGUGGGUCCUUGUGAUCCUUGUAAGGUUCUAGUCAAUGCUCCUUGUUUCUGCAAGAAUAAGGUGGAGGUUGUUCUUUGUGGAGACAUGGCUGUGAAGGGAAUGGUGAAAACAGAGGAUGGUGUUUUUUCUUGUGGUUCAAGUUGCGGAAAGAAGCUUCUAUGUGGUAAUCAUGUCUGCAGUGACAUUUGCCAUCCAGGCUCUUGUGGAGAGUGUGACUUAAUGCCAAGCAGGGUUAAGACAUGCUACUGUGGGAAAACAAGCUUGCAGCAGGAACGGCUUAGCUGUUUGGACCCGAUUCCAACCUGUUCUGAAAAAUGUGGCAAGUCCCUUCCUUGUGGGAUGCACCAUUGUACAGAGGUGUGCCAUGCUGGGGAUUGUCCACCAUGUUUGCUUAAAGUUUCUCAAAAAUGCCGUUGCGGAUCAACCUCUCGAACUGUAGAAUGCUACAAAACAACAAUGGAGGAGAAAUUUACUUGUGAUAAGCCUUGUGGGCGGAAGAAGAAUUGUGGAAGGCACAGGUGCAGUGAGCGAUGCUGCCCGCACUCUAAUUCAAACAAUCUUCUCGUUGGGGAUUGGGAUCCACACUUCUGCUCGAUGCCAUGUGAGAAGAAGCUGAGGUGUGGGCAGCAUUCUUGUGAAUCACUGUGUCAUAGUGGCCAUUGCCCUCCUUGCCUAGAAACAAUUUUUACUGAUUUGACGUGUGCAUGUGGGAGAACUUCAAUCCCUCCUCCGUUGCCUUGCGGCACACCUACUCCUUCAUGUCAGCUCCCAUGUUCAGUUCCUCAGCCUUGUGGCCAUUCAUCUUCUCACAGCUGCCACUUUGGGGACUGCCCGCCAUGUUCUGUGCCUAUAGCGAAGGAAUGCAUUGGCGGGCAUGUUGUCCUUAGGAACAUACCUUGUGGCUCAAAGGAUAUCAGAUGUAACAAGCUUUGUGGGAAGACCAGGCAGUGUGGAAUGCAUGCUUGUGGCAGAACUUGUCACCCACAGCCUUGUGAUUCUUCACCUGGGCCUCUACCAGGGUUGAGAACUUCGUGUGGGCAGACAUGUGGUGCUCCUAGGAGAGAUUGUAGGCAUACGUGUAAAGCACCUUGUCACCCUUCUGCUCCUUGUCCUGAUGUAAGAUGCGAUUUCCCUGUAACAAUCACUUGUUCUUGUGCCCGGUUAACAGCAACUGUUCCAUGUGAUGCUGGAGGCAGCAACGGGGGUUUCAGUGCUGAUACUUUAUAUGAAGCUUCUAUUAUCCAAAAGUUGCCAGUGCCGCUUCAACCAGUGGAAGCAACUGGAAAGAAAAUUCCACUCGGACAGAGGAAGCUCAUGUGUGAUGAUGACUGUGCCAAGUUGGAACGAAAACGGGUUCUAGCAGAUGCUUUUGAUAUUACUCCUCCAAACUUGGAAGCUCUUCAUUUUGGUGAGAAUUCUGUUGUUUCUGAAGUACUUGCAGAUCUCUAUAGACGUGAUCCAAAGUGGGUAUUGUCUGUGGAGGAGAGAUGCAAGUUCUUGGUACUUGGCAAGAGCAGAGGAACUACAAGUGGUCUUAAGGUUCAUGUUUUCUGUCCGAUGCUGAAGGAUAAGAGAGAUGCAGUAAAACUGAUUGCCGAGAGAUGGAAGCUUGCUGUUUAUUCUGCUGGUUGGGAGCCAAAGCGUUUUAUUGUGGUUCAUGUUACACCCAAAUCGAAAGUCCCUUCUCGUGUGAUUGGGGUCAAGGUUUCCACCACUGUAAACUCAUCCCAUCCUCCAGCUUUUGAUCCUUUGGUUGACAUGGAUCCUAGACUUGUUGUUUCUUUUCUCGAUUUGCCAAGAGAUGCAGAUAUAAGUGCAUUGGUCUUGAGGUUUGGUGGGGAAUGUGAACUAGUUUGGCUGAAUGACAAGAAUGCAUUGGCUGUAUUUAGUGAUCCUGCCCGAGCAGCCACUGCAAUGAGGAGAUUGGAUCAUGGGUCAGUAUAUCAUGGAGCUGUUGUGGUUCUCCCAAAUGGUGGUGCAGUAGCAGCAUCAUCGGCUACUAGUGCCUGGGGGGGAGCAGUUACUGCUCUCAAGGGUAACCCAUGGAAGAAAGCUAUUGUUCAGGAGGCUGGUUGGAAGGAAGGUCUAUGGAGUGAUGAAGAGUGGCCUGGUGGUUCUGCAGAUAUGCAGGCAUCUGUGUGGAAAAAAGAAGCGCCAAUUGCUGCAUCAUUAAAUCGGUGGAGUGUCCUAGACUCUGAAACAUCUUUGAGUUCAUCUGCUGCAUCUCUCAGAGCCGAGGAUCCUGGAAAAGGGGCAGGAAGUAGUUCAGGUUCAGUCUUGCAAUCCGAUGAAGGUGGUUCGAAUUCAGCAGGGCAGCAUCAAGGAGGUAAUUUUAGUGGAACAGAAAUGCCUGAGGUGGUUGAUGACUGGGAGAAGGCUUACGAGGGCAACCGCUGCACUUCAUUUUAUCAUUAUCUUCCCAAAACUUUCCUCAUUCCCAUCAACUUGUCAGUCUUUCUACCAACACAUCACAUGGCUCCUCCACUGAGUCCUUGUAUCUCCUCUCAUGAGUUUACGAAGGUGCCAUGGAAGCACACACUCCUUUUCUCAUUUCAAAGCCUUGGAGUAAUUUAUGGUCAAAUAAGUACUGCUCCCUUAUAUGUCUUUGGGACGAUUGCUGCAAAGGAUAUCAACUCACAAGAGGCUGUGUAUGAGCUCUUUUCAUUUAUUUUCUGGACCAUGACCACCAUUUCAUUACUGAAGUAUUGCUUUAUAGUACUGAAGGCUGAUGAUGAUGGAGAGGGUGGUAUUUUUGCUUUGUACUCACUAUUAUGCAGGCAUGCCAAAGUAGGUCUGCUUCCAAUUGACAGAAAUGGCUAUGGGGUCAUGCAUUAUGAGGAGGAAACUCCUUCAAAGAUCAAGGUGGAAUCGAGGGCUUGGAGGGCCAUUGCAAAACAUAAAAGUAGUCACUACUUGAUGUUGUGCUUGGCUCUGUUUGGUUCCUGCAUGACAAUUGGAGAGGGGGUGCUUACUCCAGCCCUUUCUGUGUUAUCAGCUUCAAAAGGUGUUCAAAGAUCAUUGUCGGGUAUGGCACAUAAAUUUUUUUCUUCACAAAGUACACAACAGUCCGUCUCAAAAGCUUUAGAAAGAUAUGUACCAGUUCCCUCUGCAUGUGCUAUACUGGUAUGCCUCUUCAUGCUGCAGCACUAUGGGACUCAUAAAAUAGGGUUUAUGUUUGCUCCAAUUAUCAUUAUUUGGCUGUUAUUUGUCAGUGGUGUGGGCAUAUAUAAUAUCUUUCACUGGAACAAACAAAUCAUCCAUGCAAUCUCCCCAAUAUACAUGUAUAGAUUUGUCAGAAAUAUUGACAUUCACAGUUGGAGAUCAUUAGGCAGCAUCAUUCUAUGUCUAGCAGGAUCAGAGACCAUGUUUGCAGAUCUAGGCCAUUUCUCGAGGAAACCCAUCAAGAUUGCAUUUCUCUGCUUGAUUUAUCCAGUUCUUACUAUAUGCUAUGCGGGUCAGGCUGCAUAUAUAUCCAAAAACUUAUCUGUUCAAGAUUUUAAUCAUCUAACAGAAUCUGUACCUGGUCCUACUCGGCAUUUCUUCAUUGUAUUAUCCCUACUUGCCUCAGCUGUAGGAAGCCAAGCAACCAUAACAGCCAGUUUCUCUGUCAUAAACCAGUGCCUGACACUUGAUUGUUUUCCCAGAGUGAAAGUUAUUCAUACAUCAGAUAAGAUACAUGGGCAAGUCUACAUUCCAGUUGUCAACUGGCUAUUGAUGAUCUUCAGCCUCACAGUCACAAUAGGUUUCCGUGAUAUUGUGAAGAUUGGUAAUGCAACAGGUUUGGCUGUAAUUUCUGGAAUGCUUGUGACAACUUGUCUGAUGUCCCUUGUAAUUGCUCUGUACUGGGAGAAGAGUUGGUUUUUAUCUGCUUGCUUUUUUAUGUUCUUUGGCUUCAUUGAGACCACCUAUCUGUCAGCUUGUAUGUUGAACUUUCACAAGGGAGCUUGGUAUCUUGUUGUCCUUUUGGCAUUGUCCUUGAACGUCAUGCUUGGAUGGCAUUAUGGAACCAUGAAGAAGUAUGAGUAUGAUUUACAGAACAAGGUGCCCACAGCAUGGCUGACAGAACAUAGCUCAGACCUUGGAGUUUCCAGGAUACCUGGAAUCGGCUUAAUUUACACCGAUAUGGUGACCGGAAUCCCGGCUUUCUUCUCGCAUUUCAUUACGAAUCUUCCUGCAUUUCAUCAGGUGCUUAUUUUUGUUUCCUUCAUGUCUCUACCUGUGCCUUAUGUUCCCCCAAGUAGAAGGUAUCUUAUAGGAAGGGUAGGGCCUAAAGACUACAAAAUAUAUCGUUGCAUUGUGAGACAUGGCUACUGUGAUCACAUUAGAGACACAAAUGACUUUGAGGAAGAGAUUAUUCGUUCGAUCGGAGAAUUCGUUUCGGUGGAAGAAAAUGACUUGGAAUCCCUGACAUCCCCAGAAGGGAGAAUGAUUGUUGUUGGAAAACCAUUGCCAGAUGGAAAUGGUUUGGUUCCAUUGAAUGAAACCAGCUCAGAUUUUGGUUCUGCAGGCUUGGCAAACCAUGAAUCUCAGAGAAGUCCUGUGGGUGAUGCACUUGAGAGCAGCCAUGCUGGUGUGAAGAUCAGGAAAAAGGUUAGAUUCAUGUUGCCUCCAAAUAGUCCAAAAAUGAGAACAUCUGUGAGGGAGGAGCUACAAGAAAUCAUUGAUGCCAGGGAGAGUGGAACUGCAUAUUUUGUAGGGCAAUCACAUUUACAAGUGCGUGAUGGCUCAAACUUUGUGAAACGGUUCCUGAUCAAGACCUAUAUUUUUUGUGAUAAAAACUGCAGAGAGCCUCCAGUGGCCCUCAACAUCCCUCAUGCUGCUCUUGUGGAGGUUGGCAUGCUAUGUACCAUAUGAUUACUACGUUGUUUUGUUGAUGGUGACAGAGAAAG